AUGGGCUAUACAACGCUCUGGAAGCGGCUCUCGCCGCGACAGCUAAAUGUCACCAUCCAAGUGUUCUCGCUGAUUUCUAUAUUCUUUGAGGGCUAUGAUCAGGGCGUUAUGGGGGGCGUUAAUUCCUCGCCCAUGUACGUGACAGAGGUCGGCAUUGGGAAGCCAGAUGGCACUGUGACAGACACCAAGCAUCAAGGUGGAAUUGUCAGUGUCUACUACCUGGGUGCCAUCUUCGGCUGCUUUGCUGGAGGAUGGUUGGCUGACCGAGUUGGUCGAAUCAAUGGCCUGCUGGCAGGAGCGUUAUUUGCCUUAGUGGGCGGCGCAUUACAGUCUGCCGCUCAGAACUCAGACUUUAUGAUUUGUGCUCGAGUGGUGACGGGCAUUGGUACUGGAGCCUUAACUGGAAUCACCCCGGUCUUGGUGUCGGAAACCUCUUCUGCAGAUCACCGCGGCGGGUUCCUGGGAUAUGUCUUCAUUGCCAACUACCUAGGAAUUUCAGUCGCAUACUGGAUAUCCUUCGGCCUUGCCUUCCUCGAGAACGGAUACUCAGACGUGCGAUGGCGGUUCUUACUUGCCUUCCAAUGUUUCCCUGCCCUGAUUCUUGCCUGCUGCAUAAAGAUGCUGCCGGAUAGCCCACGGUAUCUCGCUUCAGUUGGUCGGAUAGAAGAGGCGCGUGAGCUAUUGAAGCAUAUUCGUAGUCAUAAGGCCAGUCCAGAGGAAAUUGAUCGGGAAUACUUGGAGAUUGUUACCUUGGCAGGUGAAAGCCAGCGCAGCUCACCUAUCCAAUUCUUAAAGAUCUUGCUCGGGAGGAGUGGAAAGCAGCAUCCAAAUUUGGGCAGGCGGGCUUGGCUGUGUAUCUGGCUUCAGAUCAUGGCCUCUUGGACAGGUAUUACGGCUGUCACUGCAUAUUCACCAGUUCUCUUGCACCAGGCAGGAUACAGCACCAUCAAGCAGAAUGGCCUGGCUGGGGGGCUUAACACAGUUGGCAUCGUCGGUACCAUAAUAAGUGCGCAGAUCGUCGAUCGCCUAGGUCGCCGUGUCUGUCUUAUGGGUGGUGCAGCAGUGCUAUUUGCUGUCAAUAUGAUUGCUGGAGCUGUCUACGAGGGCUCAUUGCAUAAUCCUAGCAUGGCUGCUCAUUAUGCCCCAGCGGCUAUUACUAUGUUGUUCUUGUUCAAUAUUGGUUAUGCUGCUACAUGGGGCACUGUCGCGUUUUUGGUCCCCACGGAAAUAUUCCCCUCUGACUUGCGAGCCCAAGGCAAUGGCUUCGGCAUCACAGGGUGGGCUAUUGGGGUGGGCAUGACCACUUUGGUCAAUCCCAUUAUGUUCGACGCCAUGAAGAGCCGCACGUAUUUUCUCUUCGCUGUCCUUAAUUUGAUCUGGAUACCCAUCGUGUAUCUCUUCUACCCUGAAACCCGCAACCGUUCCCUAGAAUCGAUUGAAGCACUCUUUUCCACCCCUAGUCCAUUCUACUGGAAGAUGGAGCAGGCAUAUGCUCUGCACGGUGAUGUCCUGGUGGAACAUGGAGUCAAAACGAAUGAUCACCUUGAUUCUACUAAGAAUCAGUUGACAUUAUUUGAGAAACCGGAGGAGCAGAGGAUUGUUUGA